AUGUCCGACACCACCCCCGAUAUCGCGGAGUACUUCAAUCGGGGCCCGCUGACAACCACCUUUACCCCUCCAACAUCAUGCCUGCAGACCAUAUCCUCAGCGGUCUAUUAUGUGAACGGCGAGGAAGAAACCACCACCUUCUACGGCCACUGGUGGACUACGGGCAUCCAAUGCAUGCCAACGGGGACUGUGCCUAGAAGUCUGCUUUCUGACGCGACAUACUGGGGAACGUACUGGUAUUCGCCGGGGAUUUAUUGUCCAGUCGGAUGGGCCACUGCUGCACAAAUUGAUGGAACUUGGAAUGGAAUAGAUGUCACUGGUAGCACGAGUGGUGCUAUUUGUUGUCCCUCGGGUAUGGGUUAUGGUGGCGAUGGCCAUCAGUGCACCCAAGCCCUCUCAGCAAAAGACACCGUGACAGUCUCCUCCUCUGGCGUCGUCAUCGCCAGCGCCCUAACAACCUCAGUAACCGUGUACGCAGACGGGCUCCCUAUGCUAUGGGAGAGGUCCGAUCUUCCCAAAACAGCCAUCGCAACAACCACAACGACAGCUGAGUCGACAUCCUCAACAUCGACGACAUCUUCAACAUCCUCGGCAUCAUCGACAUCCGAGUCGACAUCCACGCCAUCCUUAGCUCUCAGUUCAGGAGGAGUAUCAUCGCACAAAACCGGUAAUAGUAGCGGUGGUGGUCUAACAGAAGGAGCCAAGAUCGGUAUUGGAAUCGGCGUUCCGGUGGCAGCUAUUGCGAUAGGAGCCGCGAUCUUUUUCUUCUUCCUCAGGAAAAAGCGCGGCCAGAACACUCCUCGGCGCGGUCGUCCGUUGGUCGCGGAGCUUCCACCUAGCGAGCCCUCUGAGCUGAAUUCGGAGGAGCGAGCUCCCAUGUCUGAAAUGCCGUAA